AUGAAUUCUAAUCAAUGCUUUAAUCAAAUGAAAUCUCAUCGGAAGUCGAAAAAUGAGGAAAAGAAAGAGAUUAAUAUCGAUGUAUUGAUUAAGAUCUCAAAUUGGGAUACAAAUGAUUUUGAAAUGAGAGACUCAGCUAUCCGACAGUUUAUAAAGCGCUCACAUGUUGUACAACACAAUCAACUGUUAAAACAAUUAUUGGAUAAAAUGGAGGAAAAUUCAAAAUUUAUUAAUGAAAAGCGAUCUAAUGUUGAAUUCUCUAUAAGUGACGCGCUUUCCAUUAACUCGUGGGAAAGUCAGAUGAAAUGCGAUGGAACUCCUCUUAACUCUUUCUAUAAUCAACGAAAGAAUAUUAAUGCGAAUAAAGAUAUUGUGGACAUUAAUCUCGAUUUGAAGGCAAACACCGAUACAAACACUCCGCCGACACAACCGUUAAAAGUUAAAAAGAGUAAACCCGACAAACCUCUCACACCUGACAAACCUCUCACUCCUGACAAACAAAAUACGAAAUCAAUUGUAAAGAAACGAAAGUUAAAUGAAAGUCAAAGUAACAAAAAAAGCGAUAAUAAGUCAAAAAGAGCUAAAAAGGCUGAGAAGAAAAGGUUAUUGAAUAAGAAUAAGAGAAAUGUAUCGUUUGAUGUCAAC